GUCAUCAUUCUCGAUUUCUGUGUGAACGGUGGGCGGGUUUUUGAGAGGAUGUCAAGAGGUGAGCGGCGUUCUCAGUGUGGAAACAUGAAGCUUCUUCUGAGCUGUCUGCUUCUCGCCUCGCAUUGUGCUCUCUCAUCACGGAGUGAUGCGUCCAUUUGGAGGGUCUACCAAAGCUCUGACAAAAAUGUGGUUGAAGGCCAGUGGGUCACUAUCGAGUGCUGUUGGACAGGAAACAACAGUUCCAGAGUCAAAGUGGAGUGGCUAAGGAACAUGACCACCUUCGAGAACGCACCCUUUAAACGUCAUAACAGCACCUGUGGGACCUUAGUUUUGGGUAACAUCACAAAAAAUGACUCCGGAACAUACGUGUGCAAGGUCAAGGUAGACAUACCGAGUCUGCUGGAAAUAACAGGAAAUGGUACUAUCGUUAGAGUGCGCCAAGGGUUAAAUGGUACUACAGAUGAAGAUUUUCCCAGAAGUCCUAUCUGGGUUCCAUUGGUUAUUUCCUUGGCUCUGGUUUUGUUGCUUCUCCUGGGGCUUGCCUGCAUCUGCAAACUCAAACAAACAAAAGGAGUCCGAGUGAUCUAUGAGAGCCCGCACUUGGAUUCGGACACGGCCGACCCGGAUAAACGAAGCACCGGCUCCUCUACAGGCUCUUCCCAGUGGUGUCAGGUGUUGGUGUACGAGUCUGUCGAUUACUUUGAGCGGGCUGAGAUGAAGCAAAGCGGCUGACGUCGGGCUGUGAAGACUUGGUUGUACGUAAAGCUUUUGAUUCAGAGUUGUUUAUGAAGAAUGUUUGGCCUAACCGUGUCUCCAUUCAGAUUGGUCAGUGACAGAAGGCGGCUAUGUUGUUCCCCAAGUCUUUGUGAUACAUUUUCUGAUGUAUGUUAGUAUUAUGCUAGUGUUUUUUUCAGAAAGAUAGACAAAAGGCUUGAAAAUUGCGAGUGAGCUAGUGACUCCCUCUGAUGUCAUGUACCAUGACUUAAACAUACGUGAAUAUUGAUUUCUAUUUUCUCUUGCUAGAUGCGAUCUAAAAGCAGAGAACAAAAAAUGGUAUUUGGUAUGUGGCAAAAAUUUUGCCAUGUGGCACAAUUGAUUUUGCCUUGUGGCAUUUUUUUUUUUUUUUUUUUUUGCCAAGUGGGAUUUUUUUUCCCUUUUUUUCUGGUAUGUGGCAAAAUGGAUUUUGGCAUGUGGUACUUUUUUGGCAUGUGCCAAAAUUGAUUUUGCCAUGUGGCAUUUUUUUGACAUGUGGCAUUUUUUUGGUAUAUGGCAAAAUUGAUUUUUACAUGUGGCAUUUUUUUGCCAUGUGGCAUUUAAAAAAAUUUUUUUGGGGGUAUGUGGCAAAAUGGAUAUUGGCAUAAGGAAUUUUUUUUACAUGUGGCAUUUUUUUUUUGGUAUAUGGAAAAAUGGAUUUUGGCAUGUGGUAUUUUUUGCCAUAUGGCAAAAUUGAUCUUGCCAUGUGGCAUUUUCUUUUUUUGGCAUGUGGCAAAAUUGAUUUUGCCAUGUGACAUUUUUUUUCACUAUGUGGAUUUUUUUUUUUUUUUUUUUUUUUUUUUUGGCAUGUGGCAUUUUUUUGCUAUGUGGCAUUUUUUUGUUUUUGGUAUAGGGCAAAAUGGAUUUUGGCAUGUGAUACUUUUUUGCCACGUGCCAAAAUUGAUUUUGCCAUGUGGCAUUCUUUUGCCAUGUGGCAUUUUUUUGGUAUAUGGCAAAAUUGAUUUUUUCAUGUGGCAUUUUUUUUUUUUUUUUUGCCAUGUGGCAUUUUUUUUUCUUACAUAUGGCAAAAUGGAUUUUGACAUAAGCCAUUUUUUACAUGUGGCAUUUUUUUGCCAUGUCGCAUUUUUUUAUGGUAUAUGGAAAAAUGGAUUUCGGCAUGUGGCAUUUUUUUGCCACAUGGCAAAAUUGAUCUUGCCAUGUGGCAUUUUUGGCGCAUGUGGCAUUAUUUUGGGCAUGUGACAAAAUUGAUUUUGCCAUGUGACAUUUUUUUUCGCAAUGUGGAUUUUUAAAAAUUUUUUAUUUUGGUAUGUUGGCAAAAUGGAUUUGGGCAUGUGGCAUUUUUUUGCCAUGUGGCAAAAUUGAUCUUGCCAUUUGGCAUUUUUUUGUAUAUGGCAAAAUGGAUUUUGGCAUGUGGCAUUUUUUUUUUUUUUUUUUUUUUGCUAUGUAGCAUUUUUUGGGGUAUGUCGCAAAAUUGAUUUUGGCAUGUGGCAAUUCUUUUUCAUGUGGCUUUUUUUGGUAUGUGGUAAAAUUGAUUUUGGCAUGUGGCAAUUCUUUUUCAUGUGGCAUUUUUUGGUAUGUGGGAAAAUGGAUUUUUUUUUUUUUUGGGCAAUUUUUUUGCCAAAUGCCACAUGCCAAAAUCCAUUUUGCCACAUACCAAAUACCACUUUUUGUUCUCGCUGUCUCAUGCCUAACCUACGUCCCCUCGUGACCUACGUGACCUCGAAGUCGUAACCUGUGAGGCGGUGGCACAUUGCGCGGUGAACUCCCCUUUGGGAAUUCAUUCCUGAAACGAAUGACUUGAUAGAGCCAUCUGAUAAAGCCACUGACUUCAUUUUUCACAAUGCGCCUUCGCUGUUAUGCCAACAAGAAAGCUGAACACGCAGAUUAGCAAAACCGGCUAGUCCAGACCGCAAUUAAAAGAAAAUGGCAGAUCAUAGGAAAAAUUAGUCAAGAUUUGCACAUUGCCGCUAGCUUGCUGUCAAACAACAGUAGUCUCCACGUUCCAGAGACACAGACUUGGAGGUGCGCUGUUACGCAUAGGUUACAAAACGGCGGCCAUGUUGGCCACACUCUCUUUAUGUACAGCCCUGGCCUGAUUGAGUGUGUAAAGUACAGUGCACAAUAGAAGUUGUGGUCGUUCAUCUUAUGCAGUUUCCGGGCUAUGAUGCCGAGUGAAAAAUGUCUGCGUAAUCUGUGGUCGUGGAUGGCAGGUCAGCCACAGGAAAUGGAAACUGACAUUUCAGCUUUUGUAACCGACCUGCUUACUUGUGCUUGUAUUUGUGCAGGUAGUCCUCUUGAAAGUAUUGUCUUUGAAAAUAAAGAGCAGUUCACUGACUUUUAACCUGUUUUUUUUUUAUUGUUGGCGUAUACUAUUCAAUGUGUCAUGUUAUAUGAAGACAAAUGGUGGUCCGGUAAACCCGCACACCCUGAAAUGAAAAGGCCGCACCUUUAACCGUGCAGUAAGUAAACACCAUAAAGAAGGUCUUUGUUCGAUACUGUGUGUACAGUGGGCGUCUUUAAUAUUAUUAUUAUUACAACGAUGUUGUCCAACCUGAUGACUUGCUUCAAUGGUCCCAGCCCACGAAAAUCUGUUC